ACACAGCUCACUGCUAUGUACACUCCUACAUAGCUCUACCAGCUGUCUAUAAUGUUUACCUUUAUCAACCACUCUAUUUCGUUUUUAAUAGGGAUAUAUUUUCCGUAUGUUUGUUGUGUUUUAUAUGUGUUUUAUAUCCAUAUAUUCUUAUAUGUAUAUCUAUUUUUAAAUCUAUUUAUCUUAUGUAUUAUUAUUAUUAUUAUUAUUAUUAUUACUAUCUUUGUUGAAUUCCUAUUACAUUCCAAACCGUAAGCGACAUUUUUGUCUUAAUUCCUCCCAGUGAGCGCCCUAUUCAUGACAGGUUAAAGGUAGAGUCUUAUCUGUCAAUAUAUGUCAAGCAUUCCGUUGUUGAAAGUGUUAAGAAGUGAUUGAAAACUUCUCACUUAAUUGACAGAAAGUUGCUCUUACAAGACAAACGCAGAUUUGUCUAAAGAAGAAGGCCCAAUGUGCAGUAUUGGCCAGUGUAUCGUCAUUAAAUAAAAUCUGAUAAGAAUUGUAUGUUCAAGAAUAAUUUAUUCCAUCAAAUUAUGGUGACUGGCGUGGACAGGCUAUACAAUAAACAAUACGUAAUCUAGCCUGCUGCAAACUUUAUUCCUGGUUAUUUUAGUAGUACAUAUUCUACCUUGCUCUGCAUUUUGGCUGGAUUCAAACUCUGGGUGGCUUAAACACACCUGCAGAGUAAAUAUUUGAAACGCAAGAUAUCAGAUGGCUGUCAAGACUGGUAGACGGUUGAGGACAUUAUAAUUAGUUCAUUGUCGGAGCUGGCCAUUUUCUUGUGUCGUGCUUCUUUUGUGUAAUUAUUUUAUGCGACUACAUGAAAGACUAAUAACCAUGAAGACAGAUUGAAGUGACAAUCACUGUCAAAAUAACAAAAUUGUUUUCAUGAUCAUUUUUAAUAAUGCAUACAUAUAAACCUAAGUGUAUUGUAAUAUCAUCUUUGGACACUUGAUGGAUAAGCCCUUGUUGAAAUACAUACGUUUUACUUAAAACACUAGAAUAGUUGGUGACACUAAAGACAAUAUAUAUUUAUUACCUGGGUAAAAAAAGAGAACAAAGUGUCACUUACCAUCAUCAUUUCUAAAUCUCUGUGGUAAUUCCCCUUCACACCAAAACCGAAAAACAUCUGUGUUUCAUGUUGUCAUUUGCACUUUUAGUCACAUACAAAUUCGCUGUGCAGUGAGAGGUGCUGUCUUUUAAUACUCCACAUAGAGCAAAACAAUUCAAGUUAUUUAGCUUCAAUGAAUAAGGAUUUUUAUGGAAGUUUGUUCCUUCAGCCACAUGAGUUCCUGCUCGGUGGUGUGAAUGAGGGAGGCAUGGCAGACCAUACCCCACCUCUGGAGUCCGGCCAGCUUCUCAGCCCUGAUCACCCCCUGCUGGGGUCCCCACCACCGCCUGCCAUGGUAAACGGAGAGGGCCCUCAACAGGUAAUCCUGGUGCAGGUCAACCCAGGGGAAGCCUUCACUAUCAGACGAGAGGAUGGUCAGUUUCAGUGUAUCACAGGUCCCGCUCAGGUUCCCAUGAUGUCCCCUAAUGGUUCAGUGCCUCCAAUCUAUGUGCCUCCUGGAUAUGUUUCACAGAUCAUCGAGGAGAACGGGGUGCGUCGGGUUCUGGUGUUGCCCCAGCAACCAGAGUUCCACCCCGGGGGUCACUCUCCCCUGCACCACCCCCCGCCUCCGCAGCAUGCCCACCUGCCUGCCUUCAUCCCCCACCCCGCCAUGAUGCCCCCGCCGCCCUACCUCCACACGGGCAUGGCCGGAGGAGUGGGGGACAUGGGCUCCCAGUACAUCUCCCAGUAUCACCCCGCACACAUCUACUCCGAGCAGGUCUCCACAGAUUCCCACCCCCAACACGGGCGUCCACAGUUUGUCCACCGGGACGACCGGAUGAGCAAAACCUACGAGCGCCUGCAGAAGAAGCUGAAGGAGCGACAGGGUGGAGGAGGAGGUGGGGGAGGAGGUGGUGGACCGUUGAAGGACAGCCCCCCGUCCUCGCCGCAGAAGAGCCGCGGCAGCACCCCCACCGCGGCUGAUGUCCAUAACGGAGUAGGGGGCAAGGGGCUGGAGUUUGACGCUGGGCUGGCCAGCGCCGGAGCUGGAGCCAACGGUCUGGGUGGGCGAGGCAUGAGCAACCAAUCAGAAGAACUGGAGCAAGAGGUCAAGGCCCUGCAGACUCUGUUGAGCACCAUCAGCAAACCAGUGGUGACAGACAUCCAUGCCAGGGGGGCGGUGUUGACCUGGAGCGCCCCUGUCGGGACACCCGAUAGCCAGGAAGGAGGUGUGGACGAGGUGCCAAGCCUUCCAGAGCCAAUCAACUACGAGGUGUCCAUUUCGUUCAGUGGCAAAGACGGGAAGUACAACACUAGCUACAGUGGUGAAGAACUAAGUGCAACUUUAGAGGACCUCCGACCAGCAACAGACUACCAUGUCAGGGUCCAGGCGGUGUGUAAGUGUGUCCACGGUGGCCACUCCGAGUCGGUCGCCUUCACCACGCUCACCUGUGAGCCGGAGCCCCCCAACGCCCCCAGGAAGGCCAGCGGGACCAAGAGUGCUCUCGUCCUUCAGUGGAAGGCGCCAUGUGACAACGGUUCCAAAAUCCAGAACUACAUUCUCCAGUGGGAUGAGGGUAAAGGCACCGGCGUGUACGAGCAGUGCUACUACGGGCUCCAGAAGCAGUACCGCGUCACCAAGCUCUCUCCUGCCUCUCGAUACUCAUUCCGCCUCGCCGCCAAGAACGACAUGGGCACCAGUGAGUACAGCGAGGUGGUGGACCUGUUCACCUCCUGCAGCGUACCCUGCCCCCCCCUGCCCCCCGAGCUGGUGAAGGCGGGGGUCACAUGGCUCUGCCUGCAGUGGCAGCGGCCCUGCACCUCGCCCAAGGAGGACGACGUCUCCUACGUCCUGGAGAUGGAGGAGGAGGGCUCGGGCUAUGGCUUCCAGCCCAGCUACGACGGAGAAGACCUGUCGUGCACCGUCAAGAACCUGCAUCGCAGCACCAACUACAAGUUCAGGGUGGCAGCAUACAACACGGAGGGGAAGAGCAACCCUAGUCACGUGGCUGAGUUCACCACGAGUCCAGACCGGCCCGGCUGCCCCUGCAGACCCCUCAUCAGAGGCCGUGUGCUACCCAACAGCUUCAAGAUGGCCUGGGAACCUCCCAAAGACAACGGUGGAUCGGAAGUCACUAAAUACGUGGUUGAGCGGUCCGAUGGUUUGAGCGGGGUCUCCUGGGAGCUGGUGUACACGGGGCCAGCCCUGGAGUAUGUGUGUGAGGGUCUGAAGCCCGGCUGUUCGUACCAGAGCAGGAUCUACUGCAUGAGCGAGGGGGGCCAGAGCCUGCUGUCGGAGACCCUGCAGGUCCAGACGCCCGCUGUCCCCCCAGGGCCCUGUCCGCCCCCCCGGCUGGUGGGCAAGGCCAAGGCCAGAGAGGUGCAGCUGCGCUGGGGCCCUCCCCAGGUGGACGGCGGCUGCCCCGUGUCCUGCUACAGCGUGGAGGUGAGCGGGCCUCUGGCCGAGGACAGCCGGGAGGCGUACCAAGGGGCGGAGCUGGACUGCACCGUGGGCUGCCUGCUGCCCGGCCGGACCUACAGCCUCCGGCUGAAGGCCGCCAACAGAGCCGGGUUCGGCCCCUUAUCGGAGUGCUGUGAGGUGACCACAGGUCCCGGGGCCCCGGAGCCCUGCAAGGCCCCCAGCACCGUCUGCAGGUCCCCCAGCUGUGUGGUGGUCAGCUGGGAGGUGCCCCUGGGGAACGGCGCCCCGGUGACGGAGUACCGCGUGGAGUGGGGUGCGGCGGAGGGAACCAUGACGGUGUCCUACUCUGGCCCCGCCCUCAGCACCGAGGUCAAGGGGCUGCUGCCCGCCACCAACUACUUCUGCCGGGUUCAGGCGGUGAACGUGGCGGGCGUGGGCCCCUUCAGCGACGCCGUCCUCUGCCAGACGCCCAACUCGGUGCCCGCCGCCGUCACCAACGUGCACGCCCUCAAGGAGUCGGAGAUGCGCACGUACGAGGCGGCGGCGCACGCACGCAAAGCCCGUCUGGGGGACGACGACGACGAAGACGAAGAGGAGCCGGAGGAGGAGGAGGAGGAAGACGAGGAGGAUGAUGACGACGAGGAGGAGGUGGUGUCGUCGCGGCGGGCGACGCGGUACUCGCCGUCCACGUGCCUGGGCGUGCGGUGGGAGCCCCCGUGCGACCAUGGCGCCCCCAUCACGUCCUACCUGAUCGACCUGGGGGACCGCCAGCCGCUGGCCGUGGGCCCCGUCACCCGGCACGUCCUGCAGAACCUGCAGCCCGACACCAGCUACCGGAUCCGGAUCCAGGCCCUGAACAGCCUCGGGGCGGGCCCCUUCAGCCACCCCUUCAAGCUGAAGACCAAGCCCCUCCCGCCGCCGCCGCCGCGCCUCGAGUGCACCGCCUUCAGCCACCAGACCCUGAGGCUCAAGUGGGGCGAGGGGCCCGGCAAGGCCAGCGCCUCGGACGCCCUCCAGUACCAGCUGCAGAUGGAGGACCGCAGCGGCCGGCUGGUGUCCCUGUACAAGGGGCCGUGCCACACCCAUAAGGUCCAGAGGCUUAACGAGUCUACCUCGUACACCUUCCGCAUCCAGGCCUUCAACGAGGCGGGCCAGGGCCCCUUCUCCAAUGUUUACACCUUCACCACCCCCCGCUCCCCCCCGGCGCCCGUCAGAGGCCCCCGAGUGGAGCACCUUGAAGACCACGCCUGUGAGGUCUCUUGGGAGGCCCUGCCCCCCAUGAAGGGAGACCCAAUCAUUUACACCCUGCAAAGCAUGCUGGGAAACUCUGACUUCAAACAGGCCUACAAGGGUCCCUCCACCAGCCACGUGCUGCACGGCCUGCAGCCCAGCAGCGACUACCGCUUCCGGGUGUGCGCCAUCCGGCAGUGCGCGGACGCCCCGGAGCUCAGCGGACCCUACAGCCCCACGGUCACCCUCUCCCCGCCGCGCGGCGAGGCGCAGGGGGGCGGGGCCGGCGGCGGCGGCCUCGGCGCGGCGGGGGCGGGGCUCCGGGCGGGCGGCGCGGAGUCGGCGCGGCCGCGGCGCAGCCUCAGCGAUGAGCAGUGCGCCUUCCUCCUGCUGAUGGCGUUCGCCGUGAUCGCCAUCCUCAUCGCGUUCGUCAUCCAGUACUUUGUCAUCAAAUGAGCACUUUUCUCUCUCCGACCCCUCUCGCUCGCAAACACACAUACGUACACACAUACAUACACGCACACACACACACACACACACACACACACAGACGGUCACAGCUUUACUUUCUUUGUCGGUUAGUUCAUUGUUGAUUGUUUGAUAUCUGUGUUGUUUUGCGCACCCCCCCCCCCCCCCCCCCACACACACACACCCUACCCUCAUGGUUAAUUAUUCAUAAGAAGUAGAAAGAGGAUGGGACGGUUUCAGCUCCUUUCCGAUUGGCCGUCCUCGGGAGAGGGGAUCAUGAGAGAGCCGUGAUUGGCUGAAGGAGGGAGUGGGGCGGGGGGGGGGGGGGGGGAGCGGGUAGAUACUCUUACUCAUGUUCUUGUUGAUUACAGUAUCUGUAUAAACGUAUAUUUAUAGAAGUUAUUAUUAUUAUUUAUAUUUGCAUUUCUGUGUCCAGUAUAGAAGCGUUUCUGUUUUUUGGGUUUGUUUCGUAGUUCCAGUAGGAGAAGAGAAUGUAGAUGUUCUGGUAGCCGGUGUGUUUAUGGAGGGACCUAGCAUGGCCAGUGUCUGCGCCAAGCGGUGCAAUCCGAUGCUUUCAGAGUGGUGACUCAACCAACCCCCCCCCCCCCCCCC